CAAUACAUGCUUCAGUUUUCAAGUCAACAGAGCUGUGUACACAAUAUCUCAAAUACACAUACCACAAAAUAUGAACACAUCCUUUAAUCACUUAACAGUAUGUGUGGUUGUCAUGAACAAUACUGCUGAAUAUUUGACAAACGAUUGUGCCUAUGAUGUCUCUAAAGAGAUAAUAUCUGGAGUGUCUGAUGCGAUUACCAUCCAUUAACGAGUUUAAACCAGACGACAAUGGCAUUAAAACAAUAUGAUUGAAGACAAUGACAUCUCGGCAGCAACAUAGUACAUCUGUUAACUUGCUUGAAAUAGAUGGCAUGGAUAUGCAGGAAGAGAUACAAGGGCUUUGCAGUGAAGUUGAUAAUGAUAGAAUAUACAAUGAUAUGCCUGAAGCACCACAAUCACAUAUUGGUAUUCCUCCCGGGAGUGGCACAUCCAAGAUGAAGCAGAAUCACUGGCCAUUCAUCAUUAACCUUGGGAACAGUAUCAUUGGUGUCAGUGUGCUGGCUAUGCCAUUUUGUUUUAAACAGUGCGGUAUCAUUCUUGGUGCUUUACUCCUUCUUGGAAGUGCUUGGCUGACAAAUGUCUCCUGCAAUUUACUCAUGAAAGCUGCCAUUACUUCAAAACGAAGAUCUUACGAAUUCCUAGCACUACAGACUUUUGGUGCAGCUGGAAAACUUGCUGUGGAAGUGUGCAUUAUUGGUCUUCUAAUAGGGACCUGUAUAGCCUUCUAUGUUGUCAUCGGUGAUCUGGGACCAUUGAUUAUUUCAAAAGUUUUGCAGGUAGAGAACAAUCAGACGUUACGUGUGUCGAUACUUAUGGUAUUAGCAGUGAUAGUUGUGACCCCUCUAGGCCUGCUCAGGAGUAUAGAAAGCUUAAGCAAUAUCAGUGCAAUAUCGAUAGCAUUUUAUUUGGUUUUUGUCGUCUUAAUAUUUUUCACAUCCUUACCAAAUAUUAUUGAGGGUGUGUGGUUAGAGAAAAUCGUGCUAUGGCGAACAGAAGGAAUAUUUCAGAGUUUGCCAAUAUUUUCCAUGGCAUUUGGUUGCCAAACUCAAUUAUUUGUGAUGUACGAUGCCCUCCAAGAGCCUUCACUGAAGCAGAUGACAUUAAUCAUCAAAGGUGCCAUUAGUCUAUGCACCUCUGUUUACCUGAUGGUUGGUUUCUUUGGCUACAUAGCCUUCUACAACGUGGAGAUUGCCGGCGAUGUCCUCACCAAUCUCAAGUCCUCUGUGUUCACAGAAGUGGUCAAGUUUGGCUUUGUCUUGUCGAUAGCUGUGAGCUUCCCUCUGUGUAUCUUCCCUUGUCGUGCUGCCAUUCACACGCUUCUCUUUGCUCAUGAGCAAAAGACAUCAUACCAUGAUAACAUUGGAGGCAGUACCCGCAUUCCAGAAGGGCGUUUCCGUUUGAUCACCAUGGGUAUUAUCAUCUGCACAUUCAUGGUGGGUGUGGUUGUGCCGAAUGUUGAAUUUGUGCUUGGUUUAACUGGUGCCACAAUGGGUACAAUGAUCUGUUACCUUUUCCCUGCCAUUAUGUUUAUUCGGGUGAUGUCGCUCGCGUCAAAUGGUAAAGCUGUAGCACAGAUCGUCCUUGUGCUGGGCUUGAUCAUUCUCUUUGCAAGUACAUACACCACACUGUAUUCACAUGACCGGACGAAACAUGUCGCUGUCGAUGUCGCUGCUAAUGUCAAUAAACCUGACAUGCCUCUAGACAAUAUUGAUAAAAGGAUUCCAGACAGUCCUUUAGAGGGUGGAAAGGAUAUAAAGGAUAAGAAAGAUCCUGUUAAAGAUCCUCCAAAGCUUGAUGUUCCUAAAGGAGAUGAAAAGAGGAGGGAACCACCUAAUCCACAUGCACCCGAUGAUACUGCUGAGAAAAAAGAGAGUAAAGAAGAAGUAAAGAAAAAAGAAACUGAAUUGAAGCCAACAGUCAAGGCCGAGGCGAAGACCCUUCCUGCGCCAAUAGAAAAGGGUGUUGAGAAAGAGGGAGAAAAGGAGGAAAGUCCCCCCAAAACGCAAGAGAACAAGAAGGCUGAGGCUGAAGUUCAAAACAACUUAAAGAAACAGGACGAGAUACUGCACCAACUUGCUGAACAGCAGCAAGAACAGAAGAAAUUGAUCGCUGAGCAUAAGCAACUGAUCCAGGAGUUGAAGGAUCAUAAGAAAGAACACGACAAGGAGGAUGCUGUCAACCGAAUUGUCAACAGUGCUAACGCCGACCUCCUAAGGGAUCUUGACUUCAAAGCAGUAGCCAACAAGCAAGCACAAGUUCCAGUACUGAAUCAAUCGCCAAAUGUUGCAAAACCAAACAGUCAGAAUCUGGUUCAACAAAGUAUUGGGCAGGCUGGGCAACAGAAGCCGGUUGUCCAACAAAAUGUAGGUCAGCAACCACCAGUUCAAAAUGUUGCCAAGCAACCAGUUCAAAAUCUUGCUCAACAACCAGUCCAAAACAUGGCCCAGCAACCAGUCGCCCAGCAGCCAGCUCAGAAUGUUCCCCAACAACCAGUCGGAAAUAAUGCCCAGCAACCAGUUCAGAAUGUUGCCCAACAGCCUCCACAGAAUUUAAUGCAGCAACCAAUGAAAAAUGCAGUCCAACAACCUGUUCAGAACGCUGCUCAGCAACCUGUUCAGAAAGUUGUUAAGCAACCUAUUCCGAAUGCUGCUCAGCAACCUUUUCAGAAUGCUGGUCAGCAACCUGUUCAGAAUGCUGGUCAGCAACCUGUUCAGAAUGCUGUUCAGCAACCGGUUAAGAAUGUUGUUCAGCAACCUGAUCAGAAUGCAGCCCAGCUACCAGUGCAAAAGAUUGCUCGACAACCUGUUCAAAAUGUAGUUCAGCAACCUGUUAAAAAUAUCGCCCAGCAACCAGUCCCUAAUGUGGCAAAGCAGCCUGUUCAAAAUGCUGCUGUUCAACAGCCAGCUCAAAAGUCAAAUGUGGUGAAUCAGAAUGUUCAGCAACCUGUUAAAAAAUUGAGCCCGGUAGCGGCCCCGGUACCGCCAGUAAAAGAUUUUGCCAAACAGGCUCCUCUUGGGGAAAAUGCAAUUAAACAGUCACAAAAUGUUAAUGCUGGUCCAGCGGCAGCCCUUGAUAAGGUGGUACCAAAUGAUCCUCAUGGGGCAAAGGAAGCUGUGAAAGAUAAUUUGAAGUGAGCGGGCCUAAGAGGAUGCCAUAUUUGAUGCAGUAAAGGUAAAAAUGUUGUGAUAUAUUGAGUAUGGCAUGUAUUUUCUUACUGCGAACCGUGGAAUGUUUGGAAAGCUUAAAGUUGGCAAGUGUGCUCAAUUUUGUUUGGAUAUGGAUGAAACUAAGCUGUCAAAAUUGGUUGAUAAGAUGCAUUGUUGAGUUGAAAUUUGAAAUCGUGUUUGCCUCCCAAAUCACAAAAAAGUGGUUGCAGUAUUUGGUAAAAAAAUAGGAGAUUAUCACUGCACAGGAUUAUUCUGUGAAACACUAUUAUUCUAAAGCACCUUCUUAAACAUCAUGCAUUGUGUAAUUUUCUAUGGAAAAUGCAUUAUUGUAUAGUCCAAAUCACAAUUGUCAACUUUGACGCUCGACCCAGUGCAUUUGUCGUACAUAAGCAUAAUUUACGGAGAACAUAGAUAAAUAAGCAUGUUACUGGUGUGUCAUUGGCGCACACGCACAUACAUUGCAGUGACACGAAGCGGACGGAUGUCAAUUGUGAUUUGGACUGUACCUCUUUUAAUGGUAGUGGUUUUGGUGUUGUACCCAUAACUGUUCGGUUUGAUACCAGCUGUCACAAUCAGUCAAUUUCAAUGUUUAGUUGUAGUGUUUUAGAAAUUGAUCCCACAAUAGAAGUACAUGUAUUGUUUGUGUCACCAAAUGUCGCAAGGGCAGAGCUGUCAUUUUGCCCAAAACCUCAGCGAGGCACCUUGGUUUUGGGCUACAUUUUAGUUCAAUCCUUGCAGUGCUUGGUGAGACAACCAGUAUCAAUUUCCCUAAAUACUGUGAAGAUCUUAUUUGUGUCAAAUGUAUUGGUCCUUAUAGGACUGUUGAUAUGGUGCAUUUAAGGCAUUUUGAUAAUGUUUAUUGUUGAUUUGAAUGAGGUUAAAUAGCUGAUUAUUUGGAGAAAUAACCCAUUUUGAAUAUUUGGUAGGGGGUAGUUUGAUAUAAUAUCCUAUUAUCUUAUCAUGUUUUCAUAUGAUUUUGACCAAGUGUAAAGCUGUCUUACUUGGGAGGAGUUAAUCUAUGUCAGUGAUGGCUAAAGGAUGACCAUGCUAGAUGUGCGCAUUAUUACUAAUAUGCUCUGUGCUGGAAAUCAUCAUUUAGAGAUGUACCAACAAUUUUCAUCAAUUAAAACCGUGUAAAAAGUUGUUUUGUACCAACUCUCCCGAAGUCAUCCACUCGACAUUUCUCGGAAAUGUCUCAUUUCUCCAGCACUGCAGUAUAACUUACAACGUUGUUAUAACAGGGUCAAUGAUGACCCCCCAGUCCCCAUCAUGACCCCAAUGCCCCACAAAGAUUUCAAAUUCUAAUUGGACCACAUCAUGUUUAUGGGACUAUGUACUGGGGUCUUUGCACUUUCUAGCUCAAGGCACGUCUGUAUUUUCCCCUGUGUUGACAUGAGUAGAAAGUGUAUUUCAAGGCGGGAACUCUUUUAGCGCCAAUAAACUCCUUUGACAUUUUAAAUCUAUUCAAAACAACUGUAUUUCUGCUGUUCGGGAAAAACUACAUCUUAAAAUUUUACGUCUUUUGAGGAAACAUUCUGCACAAACUGAAAACCAAGCCAAAAAGAAUGAUGCUGUCAGUUAGCGUGGUUAUCCUUUAAAAGUUCAUGUAUCUUUACAAAGGUUACUAUUAAGGUGUGUGUGUCAAUUUGUUCUGAAGCUAAGACUUUCAGAAGACCAAAACCAUUUUGCACGAUUCCUUGUUGGGUACACUUGGAUCUGCUUGUUGGGUAGGCUGGGAGAUCUGGGCUUGAUUGCAUGACAUUUGCAGCUCUUGUCGAUGAGUUGUUUAUAUUUACAACGAUCAGUUAUGCCGAUGAGGAGGUGAUAAUACUCAUGGUAGGUUUCCUCUAAAGGCCCACACCAUUUGUUAGAUUUUGACAUUUUUAAUCGAAUUUGAAAAUUUCCCACUGCGUAAAUAUGUACUGAAUAUAAAUUUCAACAAUGCUGUUGUUUUGACAGAUAUGCACGUUUCAGCAAAGUUGCUUUCAUGAUAGCUGCACCAGGGUAUUGUGUAUAACUGCACUUCUAGUUUCCUGGCCCACGAUUAAAUACGAACGGCAUGCCCCUUUAAAGGCAGACUACUAGUAGGAGGUAGGUGGGCCAGAUUAAGUUAAAUGAAGUGGCCAAUAUGUGUCUCUGAAAUCGCUAAGUCAAACCAGAACAGUUGCCAAACUGGGUGUAACAGUCACCUGUAAUGUUCAUAACUUGAUGCAAGAACUUUGGCAAUUUCUGCAGAUCAAUAGAAAGUGACAUCUAUCAGUUCAAAUGACUUCAGAAGAUUUUGUCAAAAGAUUCAUCACACAAUUCGGUUGGAAUAAGAUGUUUAUCAAUCAAAUAUCACAAAGACUUUCCAAUAACUGGUUUCAGUAAAUCGUAGACCGACCUUCAGUUGGACACCAGCUCCUGCCUGUAGUCAUCUGCUGCAGCAGUUUUGCUCUUGUGUUGUAUAUUAAUGCAGUUUGCAGCAGACAAUAUGUGGUUAAGAAAGAAUGUUGGUAAUUAGAGCACAUGGCAACUCUUUUGUACAUGUAAUAUUUUGUACUUAAUGAUUUUAAAUGGUCCAAAAGUUUUAAUUUUUUAAAACUUUAGUUUAAACAUUUACAUCGGUUUAACUUUGAAUAAUCUUUUAAAAGUAGAAUAGCAGGCAAAACUACUUUUCAACUUUUAAAAGAUUUUUUCCGAUUAAUUGAAUUAAUUAAGCUAGGUUCCCUAUGAUAUGCUGCAUAUUCAUGUACAUUGUAUGGCUUUAUAAAUAUCACCGAGCUAAGUUGAGGGAAAUAAUCAAGUGAGGUCUCUUCUGUACCUAUUGACAGAUCUCAGUGCUUUGUUUUGCAUUUAGUGUGUAAUAUUAUUUAAUGUACUUUAUUCUUAUAUUUGGGAAGUUCUCUAAUUAUAUGAUUCAAAAAAAAUCUGUGUACAGAGUGAAAUAUGUGGAACAAAUUCUCAAAAUAAUAAUCGAUACCCCACACCCUGUAGCGUAGAUGUACUGCAAUCUUGACCACCCCAGCUAUUUAGCUUUCCCUUAACCUGGAGAACAUUACAGUUGUGCCAUACUCCCACGGGGACGAGAGGCCUUGUACUGUCACCUACGCACCAUUCGUAUCAGUUAGUCUGGAACAAAUCAGUUAGUUUGCAAAAAAUGGAUGGAAAUUGCAGGUACCAGUGGAUGGCAAUCACUGUUGUCUCUGUCUGUGCUCUUCGAGGUGUUUCAUUAUGGAGUGGAAUAUUAUAUGCUCUAGUGAUUUGCAUGAUACUGAUGUGAGAGACACAGGGUGGUACAUGUAGUUGGCUGGUGUGGAUUUACUCCCUUUCUUGUGGAUUGCACAUACGUUUUCCCUACGCUAGUCAGAUGGCACCUCCCCUUGUCUGAGUGACUGGUUAAAUAUCCUCGUUACUGGUAGGACCAUCUCUUCUCCGCAGUCCUUCAUUUACCCUCACUGGGAUUUCAUCUUGGCCACAGGCUUUGGAUGGGUUGAGUUUUAAAGCAGCUUCUCGACCCCCUCCUCAGUCGCUGUGAUGGUCCUGAUUGCUGUACUGUUGGUUGAGCAUAUUGGCUUUACUGGCUUUGUUGAUCAGUGUUGGGAUGCCCCUUGCAUCCCUCUUCUUUUAGAAAAAUGUGAUUGGAGAGAAUAAAAAGCGCAAACAAUUAUUUUUUCAUUGGAAAAAUGAUUAAAAACUUUCGGAGCCCCUCAAAAUAUAAAUAGUGAAAAAUUUGUUGUUAGAAUAUUAAUGCACAGAAAUGAUUAGGUGCAAAAAUAUGUCUGUCUACAUUAUAGAAAUUAUUUCACUGAGCCGAGACUUUUCCAGCAAGUUCUUGGGACCAGGUAUGGGAAGUACUAGGGAUGGAAAGUGUUAUGUAAUAUACUGGAAAAUUGUUUAAUUGAUACAUGUAGGUCUUCACAUUCCUCAGGAAAGGGAUAUUAUAAUUUCUAAUUGUAGAAUGUAAAUUGUUUGUACAGCACAGAUAAAUUAAUAUUAUUUUAUAAUAAAUGGCUUAUAGAAA